UUCUGAGGACAUCUGUACGGAGAGCCAGAGAUAGACCAAAGGCAAUUAAUAGCGGGCUGUCAUAAUAAGCUGUCGCAUGAUAAGAAUUAGACGGAUGUCUCGUGCGAGCUUUAUUUAACUCACCCCUCUGCAACAACAAUUAGACAUUUGAACGCAAAGACACAAUGUAACGGUGGCUCAUAACGAAUAGGGCAGCGUUGUGACGCCUAGGAAUGCAAUUCGACGCCUAGGAAUGCAAUUCGACAUUAGUGCAUUAUAAAAAUUAAAAAAAGACAACCAAACAAUGGAAACUACUGGUAGAAGGCACUGAGAAAAUAAAUCUAGCCUUUCAUGCGAUGCGUCAAAAUAGUUGAGUUGCCAUGCACUUAGCUCUCCGCGUGAUGGCAGCACGAGGUGCCAGAGCCCAGCCGCGCUGAACAAGAGGAGGAGCCAGGGCUCGGAGCGAGCGAAAGCAAGGGGAUCAGACAGACUGCUGCUGCCAGGGAUAGAAAUGGAGAGCACACGGACUGGGAGGGCGAGCGAAAUUCUUGGAGGGACAUGGUGGCAGCAUGACCAAAUCGGGGGACCUUAGUUCUCUUUGAACGCCUUCGUCAAGGUAGACAAAGUGCAGCUUUAAAUGUCGCCCUAACCGCCUCGUGGAGAGAUACAGUGUUCCCGCCUGUGUCGUUUUUUGUUUCGUCUAACCGAUAUUUCGGCUUACAAGACUAUCUCUGCAGAAGUCUGGGGCUAGCGAGCCUGUUGGAGAGGAUACAAAGUUGACUCAGCAUGAGUCGAGAUGGUUCGUCAAAGAAGAGAGCCAAUGCUGGAGAUGACAAUGGUUGGGCUCAGAGAGGUGGCUACAUGGCUGCCAAGGUCUCUAAGCUUCACGAACAGUUCCACCUUGAUGCCAGAGAAAAGCAGAAGGAAGGGGGUGGCUCCCAAAUCUUCCAUGGAGUGGCCAUCUAUGUCAACGGCUACACGGACCCCAGUGCAGACGAGCUGCGCCGGCUAAUGAUGCUGCAUGGAGGCCAGUUCCACGUCUACUACUCCCGCUCCAUCACCACUCACAUCAUCGCCAGCAACCUGCCCAACAACAAAAUCAAGGAGCUCAAAGGGGAGAAGGUUGUUCGCCCGGCGUGGAUCACUGACAGCGUCAAGGCUGGGUGCCUCUUGUCCUACCUGCAAUACCAACUCUAUGCUAAACAGAAAGGCCUGAACUUCGCCGGCGUCAGUCUUCUGCAGAACCACGAGGGGGCUGGACCUAGCCACGGGCUCCCCAAGCAGAACCUCCUCCUAAACCGUCCGAGCGCAAAAGAGGCGGCCCCGGGACGCAUGAACGGGGGCCUCCACCACGAGAAGACCUCCUCCAACUGCCGUAGUACCUCUGCUCCUACCCCCCACCAUGACCCGCCCCAUCCAGGGCACGUCCAGCCCCCCCCGAGUAGCACCGCCGCGGCUGACCUCGUUAGCCAUCAGGGUCCACAGCACAAUCACCCUGGCACGGGGCCGGUGUACCACAGCAACCCGACGCGCACCCGACCUCUCUCUGACCAAAGUCCUGGCCAGCCCUCGCCUGGAUGCAUGCCGCCUCCUCCUCCUCCACCGCCCUACAGCCACACUCAUUCUAGUGUGUCGCAGACCCAGCCCGGGCCUCACAACGACAGUAAACCAUUCCACACUCAGGCGCAGAACAGCUUGUCCUUCAACCCCCCAAAGCAUUGCUACGGGGAACGGGACAUUCGAUUGAAUGGAUCCAAUGCUGUAUUGGAGUCGGCCAGUGAGGUCCCCUGUCCUGUCAAAGUAAAACCAGGGGAGGGCAAGCCCCUGCUGAACGGACACGCUCACCCCGUUAAUGGUGCCUUAAAGCCUGCAGACCCUCACCCCUUUCCUCACCGAGCCCCAGUGGACAACGUAGCCCAAAGCCCACUCAAACGCCCGGAGGCUGGGGCUCCAAGUCCCGCCGCACGCAGUCCGCCCGCCGCGCCACGCAGGCCGACCCACGCAGACCCCUACUCGUUCCCCCACAGCCCCCCGAGGCAAGACGACCGGCUCCCCGUCUCACCCGAGAGCCCCAGCUCCCGGGAGGCCGGCGAGUCGCGACUGAAACCCCCACCCCCCACGUACCAGGAGGCCAUCGCGGCCACCCAGUCCCAUCCUCCACCCCCCUCACUCCUGCCACCCCACCCCUGUCGGCCUGCCGCCCUUACCGAGAAACCUCAGCUCCCCUUCCCCCCACGCUCUCCCGUGCGACUCAACGGAGGUCACCACGAUGCCUUUUCGUCCGACCUCGCUGCGCCAAGACCGAGCAUCGCAUCGCCUCACCCCCCACCGGUGGCGGACCCCCCCGUCGCAGGGGCCCCGUCGUCGAAGCCGUCCGCAAAGCUGAUGGUGCAGACGGGGGGGAUCAUCUCAGAGUACUAUUCCCAUUCACGCUUUCACCAAAUCUCCACCUGGAGGAUUGGGUUCUCCGAGUACGUUAACGAACUGCAUAGCAAGCGGCGGACGGCUGGGGACGUCCGCCUGCCGGGGAAGGAGCGACUGAGGAGAUGUGCCCCACAGUUCCCCAGCCAAGAGUCGGACACGGGGGCUCCGCUUAGCGUGAAGUCAUGUAUCCUCCACGUGGACAUGGACUGCUUCUUCGCGUCCGUCGGCAUCCGAGAUCGACCAGACCUGAAAGGGAAGCCCGUGGCUGUGACAAGUAACCGAGGGCCGGGUCGCGUGGCGCUGAGACCUGGGGCCAAUCCUCAGUUGGAGCAACAGUACUACCAGAGGAAACGCUCUAAUGCUGACCCUGAAUCGCUACAGGCUGAUUUGAAGGAGAGCGGAGAGCAGGACACCUCUGUCCUCUCCAUGGCCGAGAUUGCUUCAUGCAGCUAUGAAGCCAGGGCGGCCGGGGUGAGGAAUGGCAUGUUCUUUGGCAAGGCGAAGCAGCUGUGUCCCGCACUGCAAUCUGUCCCAUACGACUUUGAGGCUUACAAGGAGGUGGCUCUGGCCAUGUACGAGACCCUAGCAAGUUACACUCAUGACAUUGAGGCCCUGAGCUGUGAUGAAGUGUUGAUUGAUGCCACCACCUUGCUAUCAGAGUUGGGCAUCAGCCCUGAGGAUCUGGCCCGGGCCAUCAGGGAAGACAUCAAGGAGAAAACAGGAUGCUCUGCCUCAGUGGGCAUGGGGUCCAAUAUCCUGUUGGCCCGCCUGGCCACGAGAAAAGCCAAGCCAGAUGGCCACUACAUGUUGAGGUCAGAGGAAGUGGACGAUUUUAUCCGGGAGCUAUCGGUUACCAGUUUACCAGGCGUGGGGCCCGUCAUGGGGAGGAAGUUGUCGGGCAUGGGCGUGAAGACGUGCGGGGACCUCCAGCACGUGGCCCAGUCCCAGCUGCAGAAGGCGUUCGGACCGCGCACGGGCCAGACCCUAUUCCGCUUCUGCCGGGGGCUGGACGAGCGGCUGGUGCGCUACGAGAAGGAGCGAAAGUCUGUGUCGGCGGAGAUGAACUACAACAUCCGCUUCACCGGGGCGGAAGAGGCGGAGGCUUUCCUCACCAGCCUCUCUUCGGAGGUCCAGCGGCGUCUGCAGGAGGCGGGACAGAGGGGUCGCCGCGUCACCCUAAAGGUCAUGGUCCGCAAGGCGGGGGCACCGGCCGAGUCGGCGAAAUAUGGCGGCCACGGUAUAUGUGACCACCUGGCCAGGACGGUGACGCUGGCCCAGGCCACGGACAGCGGCCCGCUCAUCGCCUCUGCAGUUGUCAAGCUGUACCACGCCAUGAAGCUGCCGGCCCAGGAGCUGCGAGGCGUGGGCAUUCAGGUCCAGCAGCUGGAGCUCGCUCGCAAUGCCCCCGAGAACCACAAACGCUCCAUAAAGGAGAUGCUGCUGGGCCCGGGGCUCCCUGCCAGACCCCCGCGUGCAGCAGCCGACCCCGGUUCAGAGCAGGUAAAGCCAACUGCCUCAGGCUCUCCUCCCCUUCAGCUGUCCCCUGCUGAGCCUGUCCCGGGGACAAGCAGAGACCCACACACCCCGCAUCACGCCAGAACCACACGGCUCAACCUAAGCAUUGAAGUCCCUUCGCCCUCCCAGGUCGACCGGUCCGUAUUGGAAGCCCUGCCCGCAGACCUCCGAGAGCAGGUGGAGCAGUCCUGGACCCGACGAGACCGGAGACCCAGCAAUGCCUUACACCACGCAGCAGGUCCCUCCUCCCCUCCCUUUGGUUCUGGCCCUCUCUCCGAUCUCCUCUCCGGGUCGGCGCUGUCCGUUCGGCCGGCAGGCACGCUGCUCCUAGAGAUCCCCAACCAGCCGGGCCACUCAGGCCCGACCGGCAUUGUACUGGAAUUACCCGAUUUCUCACAGGUCGACCCCGAUGUGUUUGCCGCCCUGCCCAGAGAGCUGCAGGAUGAGCUUCGCUCUGCCUACCACCGCAAACAGAACGCUCAGCCCCAAGCAAAGCUGGCGGACCAAAGGAAUCCACUUUUGCAACUGAAACAGCCAGAAGCUGGCGUCGGCGUGGCAAGGGUAAAGCGCCGCUACAAGAGAAAGAAUGCAGUGAGCCCUGCUAAGAAAGUACCUUCCCCGCAGAAGAAGCAUGUGACCGGGAACAGCCCAGCCAAAGUCCUGCCACCGUCCAUGAGAUCCAGGGAGGUAGCGGGUGGACUCAAGAUGGAUAACGGUCCUUCCACCUCAUCCCUAAAUCAGGAAACCCAAGAAGUCCUUUCUCCCUUCCCCCCCCGUGCGGCCCCUACCCUGGCCGGAGCCAGUGAGAUGACCGACAUCAGAACACUGCUCAGAGAAUGGGUCACAAGCAUAUCAGAACCCAUGGAGGAGGACGUACUGCAAGUGGUGAAAUAUUGCACUGACCUCAUAGAGGACAAAGACCUGGAGAAGCUUGACCUCGUCAUCAAGUACAUGAAACGACUCAUGCAGCAGUCGGAGGAGUCUGUGUGGAGCAUGGCAUUCGACUUCAUCCUUGAUAACGUCCAGAUGGUUGUGCAGCAAGCUUAUGGAAGCACCCUGAAGAUGGCGUGAAAGAGGAAGAAUUUCAUAUUUUCCAUUCUUCUUUUCCUCACUGCCCUUUUUCUCUACUGCUUCUGUUGCUCAUUUUACCGUCGGCAGUGUUACGUGACUUUCAGGAACGUUGUUGCUUUUUGGCAGGAUAGAUGUUUGCAGUUUCGAUUUCAGUGCUGAAUUUCCUCAACAAAGCACUUGCCAGGAGGCUCCCGUUUAUCCUUUGCUCACUGACGGGGAGCAGGGGAACUUAUCCUUUCAGUGACAGCCGUAUAGCGAUGUCAACAUAUGAUAGAGGAAGGACAAUUUUCAUCAUCCUCAGUUUCCUUUUUAUGAUACAUUUUGCACACCAGUUUACGGACCGUGAACAAGGAAGGGCUGGCACCCUCCCGCUUUAUACAACCUGCUUUUCCUUUCCAUGCAAUGACCUCAUCAUGCUCCAAGCGCAUCUGUGUAGCAGCGGCCCCUGCAAAUACGAAGUGUGUGUGUGUGUGUGUGUGUGUGUGUGUGUGUGUGUGUGUGUGUGUGUGUGUGUGUGUGUGUGUGUGUGUGUGUGUGUGUGUGUGUGUGUGUGUGUGUGUGUGUGUGUGUCAGGAAAUACAUUUAGCAUUCAUUUCAAUACCAUUUACAUGUUGUCUUGUGAUGUUUCAUUCAGAAUAAUGAAGUAAAAUAACGUAAUGUCCUGG